UAGACAGUACCUGUGCGUGGUGCUGGUUGUGUUUUAGUUAAUGUGUGGCGCUAGUAAAUAGUARCAGGGCUCAAAUAAACGCAGCAUAAAAGGCGGUGCGCGCACGCGACUUAUUACUUAUAUGUACAUACAUACAUACAUACUUUUUGGUGUGAAUUUUCGUAUGUUUCCUAAAUUGUGCCUAUAAGUAGUAAUAACAAAAAGCCUUUUGGUCAACAUUUUGCUGUGUUUUCGUUCGACGCAKAGACAAAUCAAGAUGGCAUCACAACUACGUUAUGCUUGCGCGGCCUUGACCUUCAUGGCCAUAGCCUCAAUCGUGCUUGCCUUUACCGAUACAAACCCCGCGGAAUUUGAAACGGCGGCGYCGGCAGUGCAACAAGCUGCUAGCAGCUAUAAUUAUUUCCGUCUGCCAAGAUCCCUGAAACCACAAAAAUACACGCUACAUGUAAUCACACAUCUCGAGAAUCCCGAAAACUUAACAUUUGUAGGUGAGGUCGCCAUGCAUUUGAUCGCAUUGGAGGACACAAGCAAUAUCACGUUGCAUGCUCUCAAUCUCACCAUAAAUAGUAAUGAAAUUAUUCUACGCAAUCUGAUUGCCAAAGAGAGCGAACAGAAAAAUUGUGUUCGCUCCACAGAGGUGAACAGUUACCAUGACUAUUACAUAACGCAUUUGUGCGAACCCCUGCGUAGGGGAGAGGAAUACAUACUCACCAUACCGUUCUCGGGUAUAUUAAAUUUGAAUUUGCGUGGUUACUAUCGCAGUUCGUAUGUGGAUCGUGCAAGCAAUCAGACAAAAUGGCUUGCGGUUACACAGUUUGAACCGGCGUCGGCGCGUUUGGCAUUCCCCUGCUUUGAUGAGCCAGAUUACAAAGCAAAAUUCGUUGUUAUACUCGGACAUCACAAUAAAUACACGGCCUUGAGCAAUAUGCCUCUGAAAGAGACACGUCCUAUGGCGGAUAAAAAGGAUUGGAUUUGGAGCGAAUUCGAAGAGUCUGUGCCUAUGUCGACAUACCUGGUCGCCUACACCGUUAACGACUUCGCCUAUGUCAAUUCAGAGACCAGUUUGAAGAAUAAGGUGCAAUUCCGCACUUGGGCACGCCCUGAUGCCAUCGAUCAAUGCAAUUAUGCCGCCGAUGUGGGACCGAAGGUGUUACAAUACUAUGAAGAUAUUUUCAAUAUCAAAUUCCCACUGGAUAAAAUUGAUGAGAUCGCUAUACCCGACUUUAGCGCCGGUGCCAUGGAGAACUGGGGCCUGGUCACCUAUCGCGAAACUGCAUUGCUAUAUGCGGAGAAUGUGUCUUCUUUGGAAAAUAAGCAACGUGUCGCUUCAGUCAUUGCGCAUGAACUGGCUCAUCAAUGGUUUGGCAAUUUGGUCACAAUGAAAUGGUGGCAGGAUUUGUGGUUGAAUGAAGGUUUCGCCACUUAUGUAGCUAGUUURGGUAUUGAACACAUCAAUCCCGAAUGGCGUGGUUUGGAAAARGAGUCAGUCGACAAUACUUUGGCUAUAUUCAAGCUUGACGCGCUCAAGAGCAGUCACCCGAUUUCGCAGGAGAUCACACAUACGAACAAAAUUGCCGAGAUCUUUGACUCAAUCUCCUACAAAAAAGGAUCCACCGUUUUACGCAUGAUGCAUCUCUUCCUCGGCGAUGAGGCAUUCCGCUCCGGUCUACAUUAUUAUCUCAAGAAACACGCUUACGGCAAUGCUGAGCAAGAUGAUCUAUGGUACGCACUCACCGAAGCAGCUCACAAAUUCCGCACGCUACCAAAAGCUUUCGAUAUCAAAACCAUUAUGGAUUCGUGGACCUUGCAAACCGGCUAUCCAAUAAUUACAAUAACUCGUGAUUACGAUCGUAAAUUGGCCAAGCUCACACAGGUUCGUUACUUACUCGAUACAUCUGCUUCGCGUGAAGACGAACGUAGUUGCUGGUGGGUGCCCUUGAGUUUUACGACUCAAAACGAGAUUGACUUUGGUGCUACUACACCUAAAAACUGGCUACAAUGCAAUGAAAUGAAUGAGCCGGUAACUCAGACUCUUAAGGAUCUUCCUGAGGCAAACGAAUGGAUCAUUUUCAAUAUACAAAUGUCCGGCUUGUAUAAAGUAAAGUAUGAUGAACGCAAUUGGAAUAUGUUGAUUGACACAUUGACCAGCGAUGAUUACCGCAAAGUCCAUGUGAUCAAUCGCGCACACCUCAUCGAUGACGCUUUGACCUUAGCCUGGACCGGCGAUCAGGAUUAUGACAUCGCAAUGCGUCUGAUUGAGUAUUUGGUACGUGAACGCGAGUAUAUUCCAUGGAAAGCAGCUUUGGAUAAUCUCCGUGACGUGAACAGAAUUUUGCGCCAGACUCCAGAGUACGAGUACUUUAAGAAAUAUAUGCGCAAGAUACUCUCCCCCAUUUACCUGUACCUCGGCGGUUUGAAUGUGACUGAUGAAAUUAAAGCGGCACCGCAUACYAUACUCCACAAAGAGCUCAUUGCCAACUGGGCCUGUCGCUUCGAAGUCGAAGAUUGUAUMCCAAGUGCGCAACAAUAUUUCAAGCAGUGGCGUGCCGUAGACAACCCCGACGAAUACAACCCAGUACCAAAGGAUCUGCGUUCAGUCAUCUACUGUACAUCUAUACGUCAUGGCAACGAAGAUGAUUGGCAAUUCCUCUGGGCGCGCUAUAAGAACUCGAACGUGGCAGCUGAAAAGCGUACCAUAAUCUCAGCUUUGGGUUGCUCACGCGAAGUUUGGAUCUUACAACGCUAUUUGGAAUGGGCAUUCGACAGUGAAAAACAUAUACGUCGACAGGAUUCAACUUUCGCUUUCGGCGCYGUGGCACAUGGUGAAGUUGGCUUCCACUUAGCACGAGAUUAUCUAAUUACCAAUAUCGAUUUCCUGCACGAAUACUUUGAACCAAAUGGCUCUGAAUUGCGUCGUCUCCUCUCGCCUAUCGCUAGCCAAAUGAGCAGUCAGCGUGAGUAUGAGAAGAUGAGUGCGUUCUGUGAGGAGAACAAACAACUUUUGCGCAAGGUCGAACAGGGUGUCCAACAGGCUUUGGAGACGAUUAAAAUCAAUGCACAGUGGAAGGAGCGCAAUUACAAUGAAAUUUCGCGUCGUCUACGUAGCCGUCUAACUGUGGACGAGUUUUAAGAGAUGCAAUUACUCAAGCUC